AUGUACUCCAGCACCUUGAGCCUGACCGCCUUUCUGGCCGCCGCUGGCCUCAGCGCGGCGACGCCUAUCGUGAACAGCCGAGCGGUGUGCCUAGAACAGGCACCGGCCUCGAUCGGGUUUCCGAUCAACUUCAGCAUCACACCAACCAACUCGCCUCUCGUGUCGUUCAACGUGCCGCCAAACAGCGUUGGCCCUUGCAGCCUGGUGGCCAAGUUCCCGGCCGGGUACCCGAUCACAUCGUCGGGCAGCAACCUCGUCAAUGUCAUCGCCGUCGGCGGGCCCGCCCCGGGCGCCCUCGUCGGCUCCGUGCGCUUCGCCAGCUCGCCCGACCAGCGCACCUUCACCACCAUCAACAGCUUCGCCUGCCGCCCCUACAUGGAGUUCCGCCUCGAGAUCUCCCGGGACCAAGCCAACCCCGGCUCCGUCGCCUUCCAGGAGGUCCAGGGCGCGGGUCUAUUCCUUGACAUUGGUGACAACUGCUAG